AUGACCAAACGACAAAUGACCUGGGGAUCAUUUGAAGUCGUUUGGUCAUCUGGUCAUUUAGAAUCAAGUGACCGGUCAUUUCCCAACACUGAAGCACAAAGAUACGUAACAGCGAAACCUAGUGGUUUCGCUGAAAAAAUUUUAAAAGACGAAUUGGCGAAAUGUGGCGAAAUCAGCGAAACUAAAAAUUGA